CUAAAACCACUGUUUUUCCUCAAACAACCUACGCCCAGAUCCAACAUUUGGUAUCAAAGCCUGUUGUUGAACAUCUCUUGAGGCCAUACAACACACUUCCAACUCUUUUCAUUUCUUCUUUCCUUUCUCGGCCUAAACUGCUGCCAUAACUCUCUCCUUUCACUCUCUUCAAUAUGUCAAACACUUCACCAAGCAUCACCAAUGAAGAGCUCUGGGUUUCUAAUACCGAGCUCAAAGCCCAAGUAGAGUACUUGGCAAAACAGGUUGCUCAACUCACUAAGUUAAAAAGUAACUUGGUGAACGCUCCGGAAGAAAGUGAUGAAGAAAAGGAAGAAGCUCAACUAGAAGCUGAUUUUAGCCACACUACUAGAGGAACUGCACAAGAAAAGGGAGCUACUGAUUUUAAGGUUGACAUACCAACCUUUGAAGGAAAGAAUGGUCCGGACGACUUUCUAGAGUGGCUGGAAACAGUUGAGCGUGUCUUUGAUUUCAAGGAUGUGCCCGAAGAUUAGAAAGUCAAGAUUGUGGCGUUGAAGUUCCGAAA